UGCCGCAGAGUGAGCAUUCGCCAACUGUCAGUGCCAUCGAUAGCGUCGGAUACGUUCCGUACUGUUCCGUUACGUUCUCGGUCUCUGUCUCUGUCUCCUGGUACGCUUUCUAAGCCGAUUGGGAAUGGAGAAGCUUUUGCAUAUUUAGUUCUAUUGUGCGUUAAAUUCGAUUGCGGUUCGACAGAGACCGACCAGUGUCUCUGCAGAACACCACUGGAGUUAGACAGCCCUGGUAGAUUGCUUCUUGUCUGCCCGCACCACACACCCCACCCGCAGGACACAGGACACACCUAAAGACAAAAGCUUCUGCUUCCUUCUGCUGAAUUGUUUUGUAAAAAGAAACCCCCCAUCCAAUCCAAUCCCAUCCGAUACCAAUCCCUCUCCACCCUCUGGGUAAGGGACGAAACGAAAGCAGCUAGACUUGUGUGGACAAAAUGGACAAGCGCUCAAAGGCGACAGAACGACAAUUUUCAGGACAAUUUUCCGCAGAUUUAAUUGCAUAAUUUCCCCCCGCACACGAUCCAAACGAAGGCUUCCAAAGCAAAGCUACUUCCAAAUAUUUGAAAAAGGAAACGGAAACUCGAGCGCACACUGCAAAUGACAAAAAUUGCUUCCUAAAUUUAACUUAAGCGGAGGAUCAAGAGGAUAAUAACACUACAAUACGGAAGACGGACAGCACUGAACAGAACAGCUAUCGAACAUGUCACACGCGGUCGUUAAAAAACCAGAAACGGACACCUGCAACAGCAGCCUCAAACAGUCGCUGCAUCCUGCACAGAGCCACGAUGCCAAGCUCCUCAACGGGAGCCUGACCUCGCACCAGCUGCAGCCGCGCACCAAUGGACUAACCCAUGCAGCCGCCUCCUCAGCCGCCUCUGUGGCCAGUUCCGGCGGCAGUGGACUCUCCCCCGCGGCAGCCAUGGCUGGCCUCCUGUCGGGUGCGGGAGCAUCGACGGCCCUGCCCUUGCCCCCCAACAGCAACGGCGAGCAGUCGCCGUCGUACGAGCGCUACCGCGCAGACGACAGCAGCUACGUGCCCGUCGGACAGUUUUUUGCGGGACGCAGCGUCUUCAUCACAGGCGGCACUGGUUUUAUGGGAAAGGUGCUGGUGGAGAAACUGCUGCGCUCAUGUCCGGACAUAAGGAAUAUAUAUCUACUGAUACGACCGAAACGUGGCCAGGAGGUGUCGGCACGUCUCACGGAACUUCUGAAUGCACCACUCUUUGAAUCACUGCGUCGCGAGAAGCCCAAGGAACUAAGCAAAGUCAUACCCAUUUCGGGGGAUAUAACAUCCGAGGAGUUGGGCAUCUCAGAGAAAGACCAGAACCUACUAUGUCGCAACGUUUCCAUUGUCUUUCAUUCGGCUGCCACUGUGAAAUUCGAUGAGAAGCUCAAACUGUCUGUCACAAUCAAUAUGCUGGGCACGAAACGUUUGGUCGAGCUGUGUCAUCGCAUGAUGUCGCUGGACGCCCUUAUCCAUGUCUCCACUGCUUAUUGCAAUUGCGAUAGAACCGAUGUGGAGGAGGUUAUCUAUGAAAGACCCUACAACCCCGAUGAUAUCAUCUCACUAAUUAAUUGGCUUCCGGAGGAUAUACUCGAUCAGCUUACACCGCGUCUGAUUGGCAAGCGCCCCAAUACGUACACGUUUACAAAAGCCUUGGCGGAGCAUAUGUUACUUAAGGAGGCUGGUAAUCUGCCCGUUGCCAUUGUGAGGCCAUCGAUUGUGACUGCCAGCCUGAAUGAGCCAUUUGCUGGCUGGGUGGACAACUUUAAUGGGCCGACGGGUCUGGUCUCGGCGCUGGCCAAGGGCAUGUUCCGCACGAUGAUGUGCGAGAAGAACUAUGUGGCCGAUAUGGUACCUGUCGAUAUUGUGAUUAAUCUAAUGAUUGCCGCCGCCUGGCGCACAGCGACGCAUAAAUCCAAUGAUCUACGCAUAUACAAUUGCUGCACCGGGCAGCGCAAUCCCCUCAUCUGGUCGGAGUUUGUCAAGUACGCCAUGUGCAGUGUGCGCAAGCAUCCCUUGGAGGGCUGUCUGUGGUAUCCAACUGGGGAGCUGCGCAUGAAUCGCCCCAUGAACACGCUGAAUUGUAUAGUCAAACACUUUUUACCGGCCUACAUAGUGGAUGGAGUGGCGCGCCUGAUGGGCAAGAAGCCAUUCGUUGUCAACGUACAAAAUAAAAUUGCCAAAGCUGUGGAGUGCUUAGAGUACUUUGCCACACGCCAAUGGCGCUUCAAGGACGACAACGUCCACGGUCUGCUGCACACGCUCAGCCCCAAGGAUCGGGAGAUCUUUGUGUUCGACGUGCGCCACAUACACUGGGACAAGUACGUCGAGCGAUAUGUGCUCGGCUUCAGGGAGUUCCUGUUUAAGCAGCGGCCCGAGUCGCUGCCAGACAGCAGAAAGCGUAUGGUCAGACUCUACUAUCUGCAUCAGCUGACCAAACUGGUGGCCGUGCUGCUCACCUGGCGCUUCCUGAUGUCGCGCUCGAAGCGCCUGAACGACAUGUGGAGCGCCUUCCUGGACAACGCGUUGAAGAUGGCGCGCUUGAUUCCCUUUUUGUAAUAAACUGACGCGAUUGAGCCACAACUCUGGAUAUAUGUAUUGGGAUAUGGAUGGAUCUGGAAAGCCAGGAGGUCUGAUGCGAUGCGAUGAGAUGGAUGCGUGGGUCUUCUUCUUUGCGAUUUCUAAAUGCUUUAACACGGCGUACAUUUUAGAGGUUUUUAGCGAAUAAUUAUAAUCAUAAUUUUUAUAUACAUAUAUGUUACAAGGAGUAAACACACAAAAACACGCCCAAAAACAACAACAGCCACAUGGUCACAACAACAAAAGAGAACAGAUUUAAUAAUGAUAACACAUCGGGGUAAUAAAAUGGCAUUUGUCGUACCAUCAUCAAGCACCCAGCA